AUGCUCUGCAACGUCAUUCCGUUUCAUAAUAGUGUAAAAAGACAUACCAGGAAGCUGGUUAAAGUCAGUUGUGUUAUCAUUUGCUCCGGCUUGUUUCACUCACAAGUGGACUUGUUUAUCCCACCAAUCUAUCAGUCGCUUCUCUUCUGUUCCAGCAACUGGCACGCUGAUCCUACUGGUGGCAGUCGACCAAAACACGUUUGCGAUAUCUGCGGCAAUGGAUAUAAGGAUAAAUACCACCUUUCGAGGCAUAGGAAAACUCACAGCGCAACGCAAUCUUUCGAGUGUGACAUAUGCGAAAAACUUUGUAAGACAUCCGAUACGCUACGGCGACAUAAAAUUAUAAAACAUACGUCGGAAAAAAAAUUCCCAUGUAACGUAUGCGGUAAUGCUUUCCAUUUCAACAAUCAGCUAACGCAGCACAUGCGGCGGCACAGCUCGGAACGCCCACACCGGUGUUCGGUUUGUGGAAAAGAUUUUAAAGCUCGACAUAAGCUUACGCUGCAUAUGAAGAUUCAUCACAACGAUGAGCAUCCGUUCGGAUGCGACCUCUGUAAGGCAUCCUUUAGGUCACGCGCUAGCCUCCAGUAUCACCGGGAAAAUCACAUAGCCGGCCAUCGAAAACCCCGCGACCGCAAAUACGCUUGUGAUAUCUGUGAUCAGAAAUUUGCCAUCAAAUUUACUCUCACCUGUCAUUUGAAAACUCACACCGGAGAGCGACCGUUCGGGUGUGACCUAUGUCACAAAACUUACAUCAGACGUGGAGAACUUAAUAAUCAUAUAAUCGAAAAGCACACACAGGAAAAGAAGUUUAAAUGUUCAGAAUGUGGUAAAAAUUUUCACUCGUACAGACAAUUAACACAUCAUCUGAGGAUACAAAACCCGGAUCGCUCAUACAAGUGUCUGACAUGCGGAAAUGUCUAUAAGAAUAAAUCUACGCUUGUUGAGCAUAUGUUACGCCACACAGGUGAGGGAGUAUGCAGUUGCGACAUCUGUGGUGCAUCGUUCGAAUCACCCACUAAUUUACGUCUGCACAAGAAAAUCCACACAUCCACACCCGCUGAUCCAAAACCUUUCAAAUGUGACCAGUGCAGUUCUGCAUUCAUGCACAAGGCUAGCCUCAUUUACCACAAAAAGAAACGCUGUCCAGCAAGUUCCCAAAUGCACCAAUCCGACGAGUUCAAAUGUGACUUAUGCAGUAAAACUUUUAUGUCAAAUCGUGCACGGAAGGUUCACCGUAUUAAAAAACAUACGACGGAGAAGAAUUUCAAAUGCGACAUUUGCGGUAAAGAGUUCCACCUGUUAGAGCAGUUGGAGAGGCACCGGAAUUCACACAGCUCGGAGCGUUCGCAAAGAUGCAAUAUUUGCGAAGAGAACUUCUCCACCAAUUAUAAGCGCAUGCGACAUAUGCGCACUCAUUGCGAUGAACGUUGGCAUAAAUGCGAAAUCUGCGGUUUGUCGUUCAGAACAAUCCCUGGAAUGAAGCUUCACAAGAGAAAACAUCUACAGAUGGAGGACAGUUUGAAGGUGGAUGCUGAACAGGGAGCAAGCAGCGCAAAAGUUGAAGCACCUAUUUUGGAUGCAAACUGUGCUGAAGUUAGACCAAGUAAAGGGAAAUCUCACUCGAACAGUGAACUCGUUGAUCCCUAG